AUGGACGCCAAAGGCAGAAAAAAAGACUCCAUCGAGCAGUUCAUCGAGCUGCCUCAGAUUAUUGUCGAAAAUGGCCUCUCGCAGUUGCGUUACAUGAUUCUCAUCGAGGGUCUUUCCACUCCAGACGGCUACGAACAGUGUCCAUAUAGAUCAUACGUAUGGUCCAUCUUGUGCAAGGUCCCGGUAUUUCCUGUUCACAAAUACAACAAGAUCAUCUCCAAUGCGACUGGCUCGCUUGCUCCAGAGUUGUACCAGAAGAUUAAGAACGAUACCUUCAGAACACUCAUGAACGAUAGACAGUUCCACUCCAAAGUCAGCGAACAAGCGUUGAUGAGAAUCCUUGCUGCCGUGGCUGUAUCUACGAAAAACAAGGUCGGAUAUGUUCAGGGAAUGAACGUUCUUUUGGCACCAAUCGCGUAUGUGUGCCAUAAGAGUGAGCCCCAAGCCUUUGCACUACUUCACCACAUCGUUACCCACCAGAUUCCUCUCUAUAUAACCCCGAACUUGGACGGCGUCCAUACAGGGCUAAGUCUUGUGGAUAUUGUAUUGAAGAUCAUCGAUCCAGUUCUCAGUUCGUAUCUUGACUCAAAGUUUUUGAAGGCUGAAAUCUAUGCGUUUCCUUCAGUGUUGACAUUGUCCGCAUGUACGCCGCCAUUGAAAUCGUUGUUGAAGCUAUGGGAUUUCCUAUUUGCAUAUGGCACACAUAUGAACAUCUUGUUCAUUGUGGCCCAAUUGAUCAUCAACAGGUCGACUCUUUUAAAUUCACCACAACCAAUGAAGCUAUUGAGAAACUUCCCAGACUUGGAGGAGAACGACAUCAUUAAGCUCAGUCUCAGUUUUAUCCCUGAACUACCGAAGCAGCUCUAUGAUCUCAUUGUCAGACAUGGUUAUGACAGGAACGUCGAUUCCCAAUUGAAGCAGUUCCUUACUCAAAACAAUCUCUGA